GCAGGGCCAAAAAAAAGCCCUCAAUAUCACAAAAAUAAAAAAGGGGGACUUGUUGCACAUUGUUAUUGAACGACCCAUUUACUGUUAAAGUUUCUACAAUAUUUUUCUUUUUUUCAACCAGGUUUUGUUGAUAUAGUUCAAGACAAUAACACGGGAUGAACAUUUCAGAUUCUCAAGAAUGGUUUCCCAGGAUGUACUAGGACUACUCUCUUGUCUCUGCACCAUCUUGGACCCUUGAUGAUUCUGAUUGGAUCGGUCUGUCAGAGUGAAGAAUUGUUUGAAAAGCUGAGGUUUGUGGAGCAUAAAGAUGGCCCAUCUCAGUGCGAAUGAAUAUAGCACCUCAAUGUUCAGCCUUCAAAAUAUCUUGGAAAUUGGGCCACAGAGUAUUGAUGAGGUGCAUUCUACCACCGUUGAAGAUCUUCUGUGGACCUUCCUGAGAAGGCUUGUGGCCCUAAACAAAGAAGCAAGAAACACUGCAUGUUUGAACAGUAGUAAAGAUAAUCCAAAUCAGGAUAUCUUUGAAGAGUUUGAGGUUGAUGAGAAUAAUACAGACUCUAUGCAUCCUCUUGAUGUCUUAUGUGCUGUCCUACACAAAUCGAAUUCGGUUUUACAACAGGAGAUUGCAUUGAAAAUGUGCAUGUGUCAGUUUGCCAUCCCACUAUUGCUCCCUGCAGGCGAUGGACUAGGCUACACCUUCAUGCUCUGGGCAAUGAGAGAUAUAGUAAAAAGAUGGAGACCUCAUUCAUUAGCAGAGACCAAAGGGUUUAAAGAGGACAGUGUGGUGAACAUAUCCAUGCCUAUAUUUUCUUUUGUGAGACUGGGCCAAAACAAAAUGUCCAAAUCUAAAACCCUCAAUCAAGUGCUUAGCCCACCGCAGCAAGGUCAUAGCUUCUUUAUACAUGACAACAUGGAUGGUGGAGACAUUCAAAAGAAGAUCUCCAGUGGGUUAGUGGAAAUAUCAUGGUAUUUUCCUGCAGGUAAAGAAACUUCUGAUAUUUUUCCCGAACCAGUUGCAGUUACAAAUCUUCGUGGUAACUUGGACUCUAACUGGACUCAGUUCCAGUUCCUAAUGCAAGUCUCAUCUGCAGUGUUUAUAUUUGCUGAGACUAUUUCUGACAAUGAUUAUAGACUAUUCUCCAGCUGCAAAAAAUGUAGGACUCCUGUCUGUUUCAUUAUUCAUCCAAGUAGUGAGAAAGAUAAACAUAAGAAGUCCUUGGGUUUUCUCAAAAGUCUGAUUCAUGAGCUGAAUAUUACACCAGCACAUAUAAUAAACAAGGAAAAAAUUAACGAGACACAACUUGUCAAAAGGUUGCAAAACAUUAUGAGUAACCUUAUGAAGAAUUCCUGUAGGAGAGUAAAACUUGAAGACAUAUCAGAAGAAGCGAUUAAGCUUGGAAUCAGGGUAGAUGAGAACGCUGAAGAAUUUCAGAAAGCAAAGAAAUGGGUCAUGGAAAUUACUAACGAAAUUGGUGAUGUGGCUGGAUAUAAAAGAAGGAAUAUGAAGCUACAAGGACAGCUGUGGAAAGAACUGUCCCAGUUAGAGAAAGAAUUUUGUAGAAUGAAAAAACAAGGGCUUCAAAAUGCUGAAGAAUAUAGGUGCCAUCUGAAAAAGAAGCGUUCACUGCUCCAUCAGGAACAGCACAAACAGGUCAUGCCUGAUGGCAUGAAUAAGUUUAUAACUGCAAUGACUCAAUUAACUGACACUGAGAAGAUCCAUUUUUUAAAAUUCAUGAAAUUUAGUCUUGAUUCGACAUCUAGAGAUAUUUUGUCAACCUUAUCAACAAAAUACAGUCAAAUUUACAGUACAGGAAUAAGUAAUCAUACAGAGCUAAAGCAGAUAGAUCAUAUGAUAUCUGACAGUUCCUUGGGAGUUGAACACUUCCUACGUGAGCUGGGGCAGUUUUAUGAGUCAGAAUGUUCACUCAUCAGAGACAAGCUGAUUAAUAUAAACCAGAGGAAGUUUAGUAGACUGCCUGAAAUAGCUGCUAAGCUCCUACUGGAUGGUUUCCCAUUAGAGCUGAUAGAUGGAGAUGCCUCCAAUGUCCCCAUGCAGUGGGUAACAGACGUUUUGUCUGAACUGGACACCAUGACAGGAAAGGGAUGUAAACUGAGAGUAAUCUCUGUGCUGGGAGUACAGAGCACAGGGAAGUCCACCCUCCUGAACACCAUGUUUGGGUUGCAGUUUCCUGUGGCCAGUGGCCGCUGCACAAGAGGAGCCUUCAUGACCGUGAUUAAAGUGAAAGAAAACUUCAGAGCGGAAUUGGGCUGUGAGUUUAUUCUAGUGAUUGAUACUGAAGGUCUGAAGGCUCCAGAACUUGGACCUCUGGAGGACAGCUAUGAACAUGACAAUGAGCUUGCAACUCUAGUGGUUGGGCUAAGUGAUAUCACAGUAAUCAACAUGGCUAUGGAAAAUAUAGUAGAGAUGAGAGAUAUUUUGCAAAUUGUUGCUCAUGCCUUCCUCCGUAUGAAAGAAAUUGGGAAGAAACCAAUUUGUCAGUUUGUUCAUCACAACUGCAGUGAUGUGUCUGCUCCUGAAAAGAACAUGAGAGAUAGAGUGAAACUGCUGGAGCAGCUGAAUGAAAUGACAAAAGUGGCAGCAAAAAUGGAGAAAAAGAGUGGUAUCACCUCAUUCAGUGAUAUAAUGACUUAUAAUCAUGAGAAAGAUAACUGGUACAUUCCUGGGCUCUGGUAUGGUGUUCCGCCCAUGGCUUCUAUAAACACAGGAUACAGCGAAAAUGUUUAUUCAUUAAAAAAACAUUUGUUCAACUUGAUAAAACAACAUAAAGGAAUUCAGAAUCCUCAGACUAUUAAUGAUCUUAUAAUAUGGAUUAAAAGCUUGUGGAGUGCAGUAAAGCAUGAAAAAUUCAUCUUUGCCUUCAAAAAUAGCCUAGUGGCAGAAGCAUAUGAUAAGCUUGCUGUAAAAUACUCAGAGUGGGAAUGGAACUUCCGCAAGCAACUUCAUACCUGGAUCAUGAAUGCAGAAACCACAACUAAGAAUCAGACAGCUGAUAAAAUACAACCAGACAUUAAUGUGAGGUUAAAGAAUGAAGUAUCUGAAAUUUUAAAAAGUGAAGAAAUAAAAAUGCUGAAAUCAAUAGAAGAUUAUUACAAAAGUGCAACUGGAAAUGUCCAUCUGAUUGAACGUUACCGAGAAGAAUUUUUAGGAAGUGUGAAAUGUCUCAGGCAGGAGCUUAACAAUUCAGCGUCUAAUAAAAUCGAAGAGAUUAUUCGACGGAAAAAAUCUAAUGAUCAGUUCCAAGGAGUCCAGAACAAAUACCAAAAAUUAAUCGAAGAAAAAGUCAGCAGUCUUUUAACAAAGUGCAGACAGAACAAAAAUAUUGGAAAUAAGAAAGCAAAAGGCAUGUUUGAAACCAUGUGGACAAAAGCCAUCUCGGAAUUGCCAAAGUGUCAAAUAAAGAAACUCAACAUAGGGCAAGAGAUGCUUGGACGUCUUAUUAAGGACAUGGAUAAUAAGGGAGCUGUCAUAAAGGAGAAGUUACUCACAGUAAAAAAAAUAUCUGAGUAUGGAAAACAAUCUUUCCAGAUAGAGAACAAUCACAUAGCUGGAAACUGGAAUCCAUUGGUCAUCAUUAAAGAAUAUUUUACCAGUGCAUCCCAUAAUAAAAUAGAUGAGCUUUCUAGAUCUCUUGUGAGAAGAUGUAAUGAUUAUGUCACAGAACAAAUCAACAAAAACAAUGGCUACGACAGCAUAUAUUGCCAUGAAUUGCUUAACAUGAUCAAUAAGACACUCAGAGAGAAAGAUGUUCUGAAUUUACCCACAACACAUAUCUUUGAGUUGGACAUUAAACUGAAUAUUUUGGGAAGUGCAGCCCUGAAACUUCAAGUGAUGCAUGACAAGUUUGUACAAGAAAAUGAUCCAAAACUGUAUCUUGAAAAACUGAAACCCUACUAUUUGUCAAGCCUUGAAAGUCUUUUCCACCUAGAGAAAAAUGAUCUUCAAUGUAGAGCUAAAAGUUUCUGUGAGCUGUGUCUGAAGCCAGCUUUAAUGGAGCACAUCAACAGACACCUUGGGAAAGCAAUCAUCGACGAUAUUUUUCACAGUGGAAAUUUCAAAGAGUUCUCUAGUAGUCGCCAUUUCCAGUUUGCUCUGCUCAAGAAUCUUCUAGAAGAGAAAGACCUUCACCAGUAUAUAGACUAUAUUAACAGGUAUGAGAAGUUUGUGAAAUCUUGGAUUGCAAAAGAAAUACUGAGAAAAUACAAAACGUCCAAACAACUUGAAACAUUGCAAAUAAACAUUCUAUCAGGAAUCUGCAAGAAAGUCAGGAAGGUUCUCCAAGAACUCAGAUCAGUAGGACUUCUCACCCCUUCUGACCUUUUACAAGAAUUGUGCAAGAAGCUUAGAAAUGAUCUGGUCAUUUCACAGAAUAAUAUUCUUGUCGUCAUUUUUCAGAUUGAAGACGAUAUCCAGAGUUUUUCAGAUGGCAUUCAGUUGUAUCUCACUGAGACAGAAAAACAAUUAGCAUCAGAAAUGAAAUCGUCCAGUACUGAAUCAGUGCUUUGCAAGUUAUCAAUCAACCCCAUGAACGCAGUGUUCAAGUCCGUCUGUGGCUGUAUAAAACUAUGUCCAUUCUGUAAAGUUCCCUGUGAGGCCUCAGGUAGUGACCAUAAAAAGCACUUUGCAUCUGCUCAUAGACCCAAGGGUUUGGCUCAGUGCACUUGGAAAAAAACUGAUUCUCUUACCACAUCCAUAUGUUCUACUGAUGUUGAUACUGAACUGUAUUUUGUAAGUCCAGAAACAAAUGGGAAGCCUCAUCCCUACAAAGAAUACCAAACCAUCUACCAAGACUGGAUCAUUCAGCCUACACAAAUCGGGGAGUCAUCUGAUUACUGGAAAUACAUCUUCAAAGAGUUCAAUAGGCAGUUUGCAGAUGCUUAUUUGACAGACAUCGCUCAAUUGCCUGAAGACUGGAAGGAUGUGACUGCAGAGGAAGCUUUGAGGAGCCUUGAAGAAGCAUUUUUCAUGGAGUAAUACAUAAAACAUAGUUAAGUUGUCUUUUUUCAAAUUUUGCACCUAAAUUGAAUGGUAUCUUCUACAAAUAGCUUUGCUUUUAUACAUUUGUUAAGCAAUGUAAUACAAAGAUUUUAUCAAGUCUUGUAACCCAUACCAACAAGUUAUAUAUUUGCUUUAAAACCAGUAAAUGCAACCUUGUAAUUAUAUUUUAAUAGGUUUCUAGACCUAGGGGAAAAUCUAUCAAAAGUAAAGAUCAUGACCUUUUCCGCAAUUAGAAUUUUCUAUAUUUAUCCAUUAAUAACAUAACGGUAAUGCAAAUUAAUCCUUCAACAGCCAACACCUUGGAAGAUGUGAUGUGUUUUUAUUUUUAUAUUGGAGGUAUCUUUUCUCAAUCAAGUUCAAGAAAAUGAUUUGAAUUCUACAGUAAAUCAGUCUUUGUUGCAAUUUUCAUGACAUCGUUCCCUUGUUUUAUUAUCUGUCCACUAUUUUCUGCUUUUCUCUUGCUGGAUAGCAACUUCCUGCCUUAAAGGGAAUCUGUAUGUUGUAAAUGAAAACGAACACAUAUUUUAUAUUACAAUAAACAACCUAUCAGAAAAUCUUAUCAUAAUGACAAAUAAAUAUUUUCCUCAUUA